AUGGUUGUCACCUCGAGUAGGAUCGCAGCGCUUGCUGCUAUAUCCCUGUUUGCAUCAGCGGUGAACGGCACAGAGGCAACAACUUCGCAAUGUUGCGAUGUACUCAGUGAGGCUGGUUUGGACUCAAAACUUCACCUCCCAGGAACAUCAACCUACGAGAACCGCACAACUACAUACUACUCGAGGAGCAACUUUCUGCAUCCUCAAUGUCUUGUUCAGCCAGAAAGCACCACUGAUGUAUCCAAAAUCAUACAAGUUUUAUCCGCCAAUAAAUGCUUCUUUGCAGUCCGCAGCGGAGGGCACACGCCCAAUGCUGGUGCCAACAACAUAGAUGAUGGCGUCACUAUUGAUCUCAGCAAUAUGAACACGACAACAUAUCACGCAGAGAACAGUACUGCGUCAAUUCAGCCAGGUUCUAGAUGGGGUCAAGUUUAUCGCACGCUGGAGGGACAAGGCGUCACGGUAGCAGGAGGCCGCGCUGCAUCUGUCGGUGUCGGCGGUUUCAUCUUGGGAGGCGGCAUCUCGUACUACUCAGCAAAGAAGGGACUGGUGUGCGACAGCGUCCACAGGUACGAAGUCGUGCUGGCCAAUGGCGAUAUCGUCUAUGCCGACAAGGAUCACCAUUCCGAUCUCUUCACGGCGCUCAAGGGCGGCUCGUCAAAUUUUGGAAUCGUCACUCGCUUUGAUCUCGAGACCUUCCCGGCUACGCCCAUCUGGGGAGGCGCCGUCAUGUACCCGACAGUCGUGGGUCCGCAAAUGAUUGACAUCAUGUCCUCAUUCACGCGCGGAAUCGACGACGACCCGGCAAGCUCUUCUAUCCUGAUCUGGUACUACUUGCCCGACUUUAAGGAUACCUUUCUAGUGGCCGCGUACGAAAAUAAUGAAGGUGUCGCCGAGGCGCCAACCUUUAAGGACUACUUGGCAGUCCAACCUCAAAUCACUUCGACUACUCGUAUCACAAACUGGACUAGCAUCACUGAAGAACUUGUGGAUCAGGAUGGCCUGGAAAAAGCAUGGUUCACAUUGACUUUCAAGAACGACGUGCGUAUAAUGCAAAAGACUGUGGAGCUCCACGCCAUCUUGAUGGAAGAGAUGAAAGCCAUUGCAGGUGACGAUGGUUUCACCUCCAUGUGUAUGCUUCAACCUCUGCCCGCCUCGCUAGGCAAACAUGCGGUAGCCAAGGGCGGCAACGUACUCGGCCUUGAGAGAAUCGAAGAGAAUGCUAUUCUUCUUCUCGCGACACUUGGAACGACAGAUCCUACAUUGGCUACGCUUGUUGAACAGAAGGUGCAGGACUGGGUCAAUGCGGUCGAGGCCUAUGCAAAGUCCCUGGACGGUGAUAUUGAAUACCGAUUCCUCAACUAUGCACACGGCAACCAAAACCCCCUUGGUAGCUACGGAUCAGACAACGUCGCCAAGAUGAACAAGGUGGCAGCAAAGUACGAUCCCGACGGCGUUUUCCAACAGCUUCUGCCCGGUGGAUUCAAGAUUUCUCACGUAAAUGACAACGACGACACGCCCGCUAGAGAUGAGUUAUGA